CUCUCUCACAAAAACAUAUCCCAAGACAAACCCAAUACCCCAAAUCUCUCUUUGCUUCGGCGGUUUUGGUUCUAGUAUUGAAUCCUUGCUUGAUAAAAUAAAAACCUUUUUCUUCUUCAAUUUUGAAUCUUUGAUGGAGCUGAUUCCGGGUCUACCGAAUGAUAUUGCUCUUGAUUGUUUGAUUCACGUUCAGUACGAGCAAUUUCCCUCGCUUUUAUCUGUAUGCAGGGCUUGGAGGACUGAAGUUGAGAUGCCGGAAUUUCUCCGGCAGAGGAAAGUUACUGGCCAGGCCCAGAUGGUCGUCGUGAUGGCUCAAGCACGGGUCAACCCGGAAGAUGGAGGAAACAAGAUGAAGUACAUGUUUAAUCCGGUUUAUCGUCUCACGCUUUGCGAACCGGAGACGGGUUACUGGUGCGAGCUGCCUCCGGCGCCCGGAUUUGAGAACGGGUUGCCGAUGUUCUGCCAAAUGGUUUCCGUCGGGUCGGAUCUUGUUGUUUUGGGUGGAAUGGAUCCGGUGACUUGGGAAGUCUCGAAUUCUGUCUCUAUCUUCAAUUUUGUCUCCGCGAAGUGGCGGUGUGGGACCGAAAUGCCGGGCCCACGGCGUUGCUUCUUUGGCUGUGCGUCUGAUUCUGAUCGGACGGUGUAUAUUGCGGGCGGUCAUGAUGACGGAAAGAACGCACUGAGAUCGGCCAUGGCAUAUGACGUGGCAAACGGUAAGUGGACCCCACUGCCUGACAUGUCAAGGGAGCGUGACGAGUGCAAGGCGGCAAUCCACCGUGGCAAGCUCCACGUCAUCGGCGGCUACUGUACGGAGCUCCAAGGUCAGUUUGAGAGAAGCGUCGAGUCGUUCGAUUUCGCCACGUGGCAGUGGGACAAUGUACAAGAAGACUUAUUGAAAGAUGCCACGUGUCCACGGACUUGCUUGUAUGGCGAUGAUCAAUUGUACAUGUGUCAUGGAGGUGAUGUGGUGGCACUUAAAGGAACGACAUGGCAAGCUGUCUCUAAGCUACCGCCAGAGGUUUGCAACGCCGCUUACGUGACAACGUGGCAGGGGAAAUUAAUGGUGAUUGGAUCGGAGAGAUUCGGUGAGCCCCACAUGGCUUAUGUGGCGAAUUUAAAGACAUACACGUGGACAAGAAUAGAGACUCCCAAGAAAUACUCCGGGCAUGUUCAAACUGGUUGUUACUUGGAGAUUUAGUAGAGAUACGGCUUUUGUUUU